AUGGAUCUGAAGAAGAAGAACAGCAAGAAUACUCAGGACUACACUAAAAUUCCCAAGGGCAUACAGUUGAACAUGAACAAUCAAAAACUUGAGACACACACACAGAUUGAGAAAACUGUCGCUGAUGCCAACAACACAUACGUCUAUUUGCAAAAACAAAACACCGCCAUCGAACAAAAAUUACACGAAUUCGAGCAGGUAUCUCGUAAACACAAUAUCGAGAUUGUAGGCGUUGAACAGAUUCCCGGUGAAAAUGUCAUCAAUGAUAUUAUCAAUGUGAGCAGUUCGGAUAUAGAAUGGGCUAGACGUACUCGAUCACCAAAAGAAAGCAAAAAAACCACCGCCAAUUAUCGUGAGCUUUAA